CCAACAACGGGUGCGAGACAUAUAUCCCGGAUUUGGUGUUGACGUUGUGCCUUGAUGCUAACGUUGCCUAACGCUCGGUUUGAGUCCGCACAAAAUGCUAAAUUAACGACAUCUGCAGCGUUUCCACGGCGGAGAAGAAGUUCACAAAAGAGUGAAGCGUUAGAAGAAUUACGGCGAAAAUGCUCUCCUCUGUUGUUGCGAGAAGGCUGGUGGCAGGUGUGUGCCAGGCAGCCUGGAGACCAGCAGUCACAGGGCUGCCACCAUCUCGCGGUUACCGUGGAGACGCACAAGACGACACCAGGGGAGACAUGAUUGAGAUCCCUCUGCCACCGUGGGAUGAGCGGCCCGGCGAGCCCACUGACAUCAAGAAGCGGCGUCUGCUGUACGAGAGUCGCAAGAGGGGCAUGUUGGAGAACUGCAUACUGCUCAGCCUUUUUGCAAAGCGAUACCUGAACACAAUGAAUGAGAAUCAGCUGCAGCAGUACGACAGACUGAUUAAUGAACCAAGCAAUGACUGGGACAUCUACUACUGGGCCACAGAAGCUCAGCCCACCCCGGACGUUUACCAAGGAGAGAUCAUGGAUAUGCUGAAGGAGUUCACAAAGAACCGCAACCACGAGCAGAGGUUGGAUGCUCCCGGCUUGGAGUACCUGGAAAAGGAAAGCCAUUGAGGCCCAUCGCUCUCAGAGACUCAUGACAUAUCGGUGUCAUAACCCACCAGAAAAAAUGUUCAGAGCCACCAGACUUCUUUUUUCGGUUUUAAAAAUUAACUGGCAUUGAAAAUAUUUAGUACCACUAAAUAUUCUCUUCAUGAACGCCUCCAGCUUCUAUUUUCCCUGCCAACUCCAGUCAGUCGUAUAAUGGGGAAGAAGACUCCCGGAAGAUGAGGGAAGUUGGAUGAAGCGGAAAUGGAUGUAACACAAUAUUAGCAAAAGAAGAUUAUUGUAUAUUUGUGAUUCGAGGCUGUACAUUAAAUCUGAUGAACGUGUGAGAUGCAUAUAGAGUAAAUCAGCGCAUGGACCCGCACAUUAGUGUACCUCGUUGAAUUGUUAUGGUUGUGUUCAAUGAGUUUACUGUGCCUAUCAGACAUUAUUGAUUAUUUAAUAAAUGGUGAUGCUUUA